CUGAAGGACGUGGAAAUUCCGUCCCCCCCUCCUCUCCCAGGGUUGGCGGUGCUCCGGCCCAGGACCAACAUGGCGGCGCCCAUGAGGUGCCGAGGUUUGUGACAAGCUAGCGUUUGUCUUCCGCGGUAACUGGCCGAGCGGAGCUUAACCCCGGCUACCCAAGUUGGCGAGCAGCGUACUUUUUGUUCUCAUUAGCGAGCAGCUUCGCUCGCAUCGCCCCAUCGAGGAGCAGCGUCCUGAGCAUCCAUCAGGAUGAGCAACAUCUACAUCCAGGAGCCGCCCACGAACGGGAAGGUUUUACUGAAAACUACAGCUGGAGAUAUUGACAUAGAGUUGUGGUCAAAAGAAGCUCCCAAAGCCUGUAGGAAUUUCGUUCAGCUCUGUUUGGAAGCCUAUUAUGACAACACAAUUUUUCAUAGAGUUGUGCCUGGUUUUAUAGUACAGGGAGGAGAUCCUACUGGCACAGGGACUGGUGGAGAGUCAAUCUAUGGAGCCCCCUUCAAGGAUGAAUUUCACUCACGGUUGCGUUUUAACCGGAGAGGACUCGUUGCCAUGGCAAAUGCUGGUCCACAUGAUAAUGGAAGCCAGUUUUUCUUUACACUGGGUCGAGCAGAUGAACUUAACAAUAAGCACACCAUCUUUGGAAAGGUUACAGGGGACACAGUGUACAACAUGCUGCGACUGACCGAAGUGGAUAUUGGUGAUGAAGAAAGACCCCGUAAUCCCCACAGAAUCAGAAGUUGCGAGGUUUUGUUUAAUCCUUUUGAUGACAUCCUUCCAAGGGAAAGUAAAAAGCUCAAGAAAGAGAGACCAGAAGAGGAAGUCAAGAAGUUGAAACCCAAAGGCACAAAAAAUUUUAAUCUACUGUCUUUUGGAGAAGAAGCUGAAGAGGAGGAGGAGGAAGUAAAUCGAGUUAGUCAGAGCAUGAAAGGAAAAAGCAAAAGCAGUCAUGACCUGCUUAAGGAUGACCCGCAUUUAAGCUCAGUCCCAGCUGUGGAGAGUGAAAAAGAUGAUGCAACAGGAGAUUUAGAAGAUGAUGAAGAUGACGAAAAUGCCGAGCAUGAUGAAUAUGCUGAUGGUAAAGAAAAGAAUCUGAUGAAAGAAAGAAUUGCCAAAAAGUUAAAAAAGGACACAAGUACAACUGUGAAAUCAGCCAGAGAGGGAGAAUUGGAGAAAACCGUCAGCCGCAGUGAAGAGCUCAGAAAAGAAGCAAGACAACUAAAGCGAGAACUCUUAGCAGCAAAACAAAAGAAAGGAGCAAUCGCGCAAGUCGAGAAAGAAGACGAAGAGGAAGAAGCUGUGCCAGAGGGCGCUGUUGCAGAGUACAGACGAGAGAAGCGGAAGUAUGAAGCUUUGAGGAAACAGCAGCCAAAGAAGGGAACAUCCCGAGAAGAGCAGACCCUUGCGCUAUUGAACCAGUUUAAAUCGAAACUCACUCAAGCAAUUGCUGAAACUCCUGAAAAUGAUGUUUCAGACACAGAAGUGGACGACGACGCAGGAUGGAUGUCGCAUGUGCUACAGUUCGAAGACAAAACCAGAAAAGUCAAAGAUGCGAGCAUGCAAGACUCGGACACGUUUGAAAUCUAUGACCCUCGGAACCCAGUGAAUAAAAGGAGAAGAGAGGAGAGCAAAAAGCUGAUGAGAGAGAAGAAAGAAAGACGAUAAAAUGAAGGAAUAACAGCUAGAACACACUACUGCAUGGGUGCAAGAAAUGGCCAAGAACAGCCAUUGUUCUCUCACAGUAGGCUGUGAAAAGUGCUUUGAGACUGUUGUCUGGGUUUGAAAAGCAAUUAUCUUAUUUUUAAAUUUUUGAAUGAUGUAAGCAAAUGCUUUGCAUUAUUCAUACAAUUUUUUCUUAAUUGAACUUUUAUAAGUAUGAAAAAAUCAAUUUCCUUCCAGUUUACAUGUUAAACAUUUGCAGAUUGUACAAGCCCUUUUCCCUGAAUUAUAUAAAGGCUUUUCUGAAAAGAUUUUUAUAAGAAGUUCUCACAGAAAGAAUAUUUGCAGAAAACUUCUCUGGCACUGACUUUGAAAUAAAAAAAAAAUAAAAAAUUUAAAACAUGAAAGUAA